GAAGGGGGGUUUGUGCAAGCAAUUUGAUAGGGUGCCAGUGUGAGAAAUGUGUUCACAUGGAAGACAUGGAGUGAAAGAAAAGAGCAAGAAAGAGUGACGUAAAAGAGGCAAGGCCACACAGAUAUGUGAAAGGGAGGAAAAGAGAGACAGAGAGAGAGAGAGAGAGAGAGAAAGAAAGGGGUGGGGAAUCAGGCGGAGAGCGUGGCGUGCUCACACUGAAAGUCUGAAUCUGAAAGAGCAGGGAAGCUGGUGAAGGUUCACAGUUAUUUCCCCUGCCAUACAAUUAUCCUCGACAGAAAGGAUUUAUCUCUCUCAACUGGAUUUAAUGGACCUUGGACCACGGAAAAAGUCAGAAAAAUACGCAAAUCUUUCUUAAACGUUGCGACAGGAUCUUUUUAUUAGGACAUCAACCAGAACUACAAGAUUUACAACUAAUUCAUAGUUCUUCUGAUCAAGUCAUCAGCUGUGUGGGGGAUAUUGGUUUGCCUUCAACAUGGAGUAUUGGAAGGAGCUACUUCUUCUGGGCCUAUUGUGUACGCUGGGGGAAUGUCACCCUGAGUGUGACCAGGGCUUCAAGUCAGAAAGCCGUACCUGUAUUGAUGUGAAUGAGUGCGAGGAAGGACUUUGUGGCGAAAACACAAAGUGCUUCAACACGAAUGGCAGCUUCUACUGCCAGUGUUUGCCAGGCUUCAAAAACAAUAAUGGGGACUUUAACUUCACGCUCGGUGGACAUUGCCAAGAUUUCAACGAGUGCACAGGUGUCGACAAUAUCUGCGGUCAUGCUGCCAAUUGUUCCAACCGGAUUGGGAGCUACAUGUGCACCUGUCAUUUUGGGUACACCAACGCCAACUGGAGCACUGGAAACUGCCAAGACAUUGAUGAAUGCAAAGAAGCUGACGAUAAGAAAGAAGACCUCUGUGGAGUAAAAGGGACUUGUACAAACAGUAAUGGGAGUUACUGGUGCAUGUGUUCAAAAGGAUACACCAAUUAUGGCAACGAAAGGACAACAUGCUCAGAGCUCGACUGUGACAGCUUCAAUGGAAACGGGAGGCCUGCACCGUCUCUCGAAGGCCUGGCAGACAUUUUGUUCAUGAUGAGAAACAGCUGUUUGGCUCUGUCGGACCCGAGCACCGCUGGUGAAGGGAACACUGAUGGAAACGUGCUACUGCAGAAACUUUUCACAGGGGCCGAGGCCAUCUUGGCCCCCGGUCUGGACAGCAGUGAAGAUGUGAGCAGACUGCUCGGUGUGGUGGAGAACGCUAUUAUGCUCAUUGGCCCACAGCUGAAAGACGGGCGCACCAAGUCAGUGACCAAUGAGACAGAUGCGGAGAUUGCAGUGCAAAGGGGAACGACUCCCCCCAUUGGACCAAUCCAUCUGACCAAUGAGAAUGCUACACUCGACACUGACUGGACAACAGCAGCUGGGAUGGGAUCCUACCCUGGUUUUGCACUGGCUGCGUUGUUGAGCUACAAGAACCUUGAGAUAUCUGUUAACCGGUCCUUUAACAAGCUCACAGGACAUGAAAAGGAUGGUGUGAAUCCGUCCUUUCAGAUCUCCUCUAGAGUUGUGUCUGUUGUGGUCUCUAACCCAUCCACUCAGAACCUGAGCCGCCACGUCAACAUCACCCUCAGACACCUCCAGGACAAAGAGGAGUCGGCUAAGCUGAGCUACAUCUGUGCGUACUGGAAUGAGAGCGGGGCCUGGUCCACAGAUGGUUGUUAUCAGUUGUGCUCCAAUGCCACACACACCGUGUGCACAUGUAAACAUCUGAGCAGCUUUGCUGUGCUCAUGGCACUCUACGAUAUAGAGCACACCUUUGGGCUCCAGGUGGUGACUAAGAUAGGACUGGCCAUCACCCUCGUGUGCCUCAUACUGUGCAUCCUGACAUUCAAGUUCUGCCACUCCAUACAAGGAACCCGCACCACCAUCCACCUGCACCUGUGCAUCUGCCUCUUCAUGGCUGACCUCAUCUUUCUAGCUGGCAUUUCACAAACUAAACCUGUGGGAGGCUGCAGGUUCGUUGCCGCGAUGCUCCACUACUUCUUCUUGGGAGUGUUUACCUGGAUGCUGUUAGAAGGGGUGCAGCUUUACCGCAUGGUGGUCCUGGUGUUCAAUGCCAGCAUUCGGCCCCUCUACUUAUUCCUCACGGGUUAUGGAACGCCCCUCCUUAUCGUCGUCAUAUCUGCCAUCAUUAGACCAAAAGGCUACGGCACUGACCAAUACUGCUGGCUGUCUCAAGACGGCCUCAUCUGGAGUUUCUACGGUCCUGUGUGCUUCAUCAUCAUCUUCAAUGUCUUCUUUUUCAUCGUCACCGUCUGGAAGCUGGCCCAGAAGUUCACCAGCCUCAACCCAGACCUCUCCAAACUGCAUAAAAUUAGAGCGUUCACAGUGACAGCCAUCGCCCAGAUGUGCAUUCUGGGUCUGAUGUGGGUGUUUGGGGCCUUCCUGUUUCAAAAGGGCACCACAGUGGAAGCAUACAUCUUCACUAUCCUCAACAGCCUGCAGGGGGCGCUGGUCUUCCUCAUGCACUGCCUACUGUCUAAACAGGUGAGAGAUGAGUACGCCCAUUUCCUCUCCUGUGUCUGCACACCACAGAAGAAGAGGUACUCCGACUUCAGCACUACCAAUCCCUCCAGUAGUCAGUCACAAGCUUCUCGGAGUGGGCAGCACACCGGAGAAUCCCAAAUAUGAAGCGCUCUAUCAGUUAUUGUAACCCAAAGACCGACUGUCACAAUUUGAACUUAUCCAGGCUAAUUUAGCCCUGAUUUUAAAGGUUUGGAAGACUCAAAUGAAAAACUCUGUCUUUAUUUUCUUUCAUGAUGUCAAUUGAAACCAUUUCAGUUUUGUUGUACCACUAUUCGAACUGCUUAAUGGUACCGGUACUCAGGGUCCCCGAGAGGUCACAAGUUAAAUCUGAGGCGGUAAUAAGAAGAAUAAAAUUUUAAAAAACCCAGUAGAGUAGCACCGCCUGCUGAUCAAUUGCAUUGUGGGUCAGAAAGCCUGCUCGACAGUAAAUGGUGGAUCAAGUUGUAUUGAUGAUGACUGAAUCAGUUAUUUAGUGUCAUUAUUGUCACGGCAGGCAAAAAGAAAAGUAGAAGUGUUUAUUCAGGAACUCUGUAAAUGAAAGUAAAAAGAUAAUUCAGUAUCUUAACGGUUCAUCAAAAACAUAUCAUAAUCCUAACAUAAGCUGUAUUACCUUUCAAAGGUUUAAAAGUGAACAUACACACUGACGUAAACUAUUUAAUUUCAAGAGCAGCGUGCAGACUAUAACGUCUACAUUAUGUAGGCUACAAGAAAAUAUGAGUGAUGUUUUUUAAGCUUGACGCAUGAGCAAACAGUUUGUGCUGUAUUUUAUAUUAAUAUUUUAUGUUAAGAAAAUAAGGGUGGGUGUGGUUUUUGUUUGUUGAAUCUUCACAGAAAUACAAUUCCAUGUACUGUAUUUGAAUGGGAAAGAAUCGACUGGCUGGCGAUGAUUCUGUCCCACGGGGUGCCUCUGAAGUUCCCUUCAUGGUCCUGCAAAUCCAACAGGUGCUCCUGCAAGGAUUUGAAGAUCUUGAUUUUUAACAAAAUAAGUGAUGUUUUUGCAUUACUUGUGGCUAUUUGUUUCGAUAAUAUUUUCUUGUAAUUGAUUUGCAAUUGAGCUGUGCCUUUUGUCUCCGGUGUUUGUGAAGAUACAUUUUUUUCUUUUCAUAAGAAAACAAAUCCAUCCCCAAAUAGCUACUUGAGAAAUUCACAAAAACAGGCCCACCCUUCUGAUAAGCCUGCAGCUUCCUGCAAUUACACUGUGUUUAUGUAAUACAAUUCCAUUUUGUUGUAAUGUUUUCUUAUUACAGCUGUUUGACAAUGUCUCCACACAUUGUUAGUGACUGUAAAUUAUGGCAUCCCUGAAAUAAGAACUUCAACCGCUUUGAUGAAGUCUAAUGGGAGUUGUACAGACCGUGGUUUGUUUAUGUUAUUGCACUUUUCCAUUGUACGAAAUGAUAAUCCAGCACAUUUUCACUCAGACGGUGCAACAAUCAACUUGAGAGACAGCCUCACUCACAGAACCUGAACAGUUUACUUGUUGUACAAAAGCUAUCAGUUAUAUAUAUUUUUAUAUUUUCUAUAAA